AAAAUGCGACAACAGGAUGCUGGUGGCGUCAUCUAGGGAGUCGUCGAAGCAGACGAGGCGAUUUAUCGCUUGUGGUGUUCGUGCACGAUCUUUUCGCUGCCGCAUGGUGUGACUAGAGAUUCCGCAAAAAGCCACAAAAUGCCACAGAACGAAUACAUCGAACGUCACCGUAAACUGUACGGUCGGAGGCUCGAUUAUGAAGAGCGUAAACGUAAACGAGAGGCGCGUGAGCCCCACAAGAGGGCCGAGAAGGCACGCAGCCUUCGGGGUAUCAAAGCCAAGAUCUUCAACAAGGAGAGGCGAAAUGAAAAGAUCCAGAUGAAGAAGAAGAUCAAGGCUCACGAGGAGAAGAAGGUCAAGGAGAAGAGCGAAGCAGCACCUGAGGGUGCUCUUCCCGUUUAUCUCCUGGAUCGUGAUGUCACACAGCGCUCGAAGGUCCUCUCCAACAUGAUCAAACAGAAGAGGAAGGAGAAGGCAGGCAAGUGGGACGUACCGAUACCCAAAGUCAAGGCACAAUCAGAGUCUGAGGUCUUCAAGGUUGUUAGGUCUGGAAAAACGAGACGAAAGUCGUGGAAGAGAAUGGUCACAAAGGUGACGUAUGUUGGAGAGAAUUUCACGAGGAAACCACCGAAGUUUGAGAGGUUCAUCAGGCCCAUGGCGUUGAGAUUCAAAAAAGCACACGUCACACAUCCCGAGUUGAAAGCCACAUUUUGUCUGCCGAUUAUUGGAGUGAAGAAGAAUCCGAGCUCGGCGAUGUAUACGUCGUUGGGAGUUAUUACUAAAGGAACUGUUAUUGAAGUUAAUAUCUCGGAGUUGGGGUUGGUGACGCAGUCGGGGAAGGUCGUCUGGGGGAAGUUUGCCCAGGUUACGAAUAAUCCGGAGAAUGAUGGCUGUAUUAAUGCGGUUUUACUGGUUUAGAGAUAAGGCUUUGUAGAAUUUGAGUUUGUAAUUAAUGCGGAGUGAUGGAGGUAAUAAAAAGAUGGUUUUAUAAGAA